UGUUUAUAUUUACUGAACAUUUACUGUGUGCCCGGCAGUAGGAUUUGACCAGACUGAUCUCAUUUAUUCUCUGCAGCUGCCCAAUACUCCUUUUCAAAGCCUCAGUUCUGAGCAAGAUGUGUUGGGAAAACAAGGAGGGGGUUUCAAGUAGUGUGUUCAGUGGUUCUGAGGGCUGCAGAGUCAAGAAAGGGAAAGCCCUGCUCUUGAACCUGGGGUUUGCCACCUGGGAGGUGUUUGAGGACUCGCUGAAGAAGUGAUGGGUGAUUCAGGCGCCAGGCUGCAGAGAUGGGAAAACUUGAGGAGACACACAAUCCCACAUGCUGAGUCUCUCUCCUGCCUCAUGUAAGGGGCCCCAGUCAGAAGGACUGUGCUUCUUGGCACAUUCCUACUUCUCUCUGAUGAUGGGCAUCUUGCUUGACUGAGCUUCUCCUCCCCCUCCCAAGAAUCCCAUUGCCCAGGGUGAUCAGACAUGGUGCCCUCAGCCUUCAGGCCUAAACAGCCAGAGUAAUCCUGCCUGGAGCCAGACAGGGAACUCUGUAUAAACCGUGGGAUUUUUCCCGGGCUCCAUACCAACAACUGUUUAUUCAAAGCAAAAACGUCUUAGGUGUUGGCAAGACACCAGGCUGAAGAUGAGCUUAUCUUUCAUGGGUGCUUCUUAAUUAGAACCUAAAAAUUUUAAAUCCUACUCAGUCACACUCAUGCUGGCUUUCUUUAGCUUUUAGAGUCUAGAGAAGAUCAAAAUUACUAUUCGCCCAGAGCAGCAUUAAUUGGCCACAGUAUCCGGUGGUUUCAUUGCUCCGUAAUAAGGUUAUUUACGCUCUUUCUCGAGUUCUUUAAUUACUAUGCACAUGGAUUCCCAUCUGCCUUUACUCAUAGUGGCCCGAAGAUCUUCCCUAACUUCUUAAGGUAUUCUUUCCCCGACGACAACACACCGAUCCCCAAUCCCCGAGGCUGGUGUGCUGUGGAGAAACGGAAGGCGUUCAUUUCCCUGGUCGUAAAACCCCACAUCUACUGGUGACAAGUCAGAAGAAGCCAGAAUGCUCUUUCCAAGCCAAAAUCCCAGGCACAAACGAAGUUAGCGUCUUGGCCAGGAAGCCGAAAAUGCGAUAGACCGUCCUACCCUUCCCAGUGGUGCUCAAGAUGUGCAGCAAUGAAGUGGCUUGUGCAUUUGGGCUGAGGGGUGCCGGCUUUUGGUGCUUCUGUUGCUUUCCUUCUGGCUAGCCAUUUUCCAAAAUGCUGUGAAUGGUCCCGCACGAGAAAAACACUAUGCAAAUAUAGGCGCCCUGGGACCUCGACGGAGGGGGUGCUCUGAAGCUGGUGGGUGAAUGCAGAGAGGGAAGCAAGACUGCAGACCACCCGUGCUACAGACCAGGGAGAAACGGAGAAGUCACGGCUCUCCACCCUAAACAGCGCCGGCCGCCCGGAAGAGUAGAGAAGCGUCCUUCUACCGCCUAGAGAGGCUAAACCCGCGUGUCCGCUCUGCCUGCGCCGCGUCUCUAUGGCGGCCCUAACGGCCCAUUUGGUGGCUGAGCAAAAUGAACGCGGGCGGUGAUUCCGACGAUAGCAGCGCUUCGGUUGCUGCGCGAUCGGCGAGGUCCGGAGAAGGGAGCCUCGCGGAGGAUGGCUUUGUCCCGUCGGCGCUGGGGACCCGAGAGCAUUGGAAUGCUGUCUAUGAGAGAGAACUACAAACCUUCCAAGAAUAUGGAGAUACAGGAGAAAUCUGGUUUGGGGAAGAGAGUAUGACUCGACUAAUAAGGUGGAUGCAGAAACACAAGAUCCCAUUGGAUGCUUCAGUGCUCGAUAUUGGAACUGGAAAUGGUGUUUUCCUGGUUGAACUUGCAAAAUUUGGCUUCUCUGAUAUUACUGGAAUUGAUUAUUCUCCUUCUGCAAUUCAGCUUUCUGGACGUAUUAUAGAGAAAGAAGGGUUAUCUAACAUUAAAUUGAAGGUAGAAGACUUCUUAAAUCUUUCUACAGAGCUGUCUGGAUUUCAUAUUUGUGUUGACAAAGGGACUUUUGAUGCCAUAAGUCUUAAUCCUGACAAUGCAAUUGAGAAGAGGAAGCAAUAUGUGAAAUCUCUCUCUGUGGUGUUGAAAGUAAAAGGCUUUUUUCUAAUAACCUCAUGUAAUUGGACCAAGGAAGAGCUGCUAGAGGAAUUCAGUGAAGGAUUUGAACUUUUUGAAGAGCUGUCAACACCCACGUUUAGCUUUGGAGGCAGAACUGGAAACAGUGUAGCAGCGUUGGUUUUCCAGAAAAAGUGAAACUUUUCCUUGGACAGAUUCAGGUAGCUUUUUAAAAGAAGCUACACAGGAAAGUAACCUGAUACAGAAAAUACAAGUGCAAAUAAAUGCUUAGUAAGUGCACAGGAUACACACGGUGACGAGUUAUAAUGGGAUGGUGAGAAACAAAUCAUGAGGAAGCCAGUGAUUGCUCUUGAGAGAUUGAUGAAGAAUAACGUGUUUUUAUACUUGAAAUGUAAAUGUUUUCUCCUUUGUUUGCCUUAAAAUAAUUUUCUGUAACUGCUAAACAGUUAAAAGCUCUAAAGUAGUAAAUUAAUUUUAUAAAAAGCA